AUGACAUCUUGCAUCUACGUCUUCUGCAUUUUAUCACUUAUACGAAGGUCCUACUCAGGCAUCGUGGCACCUCCAGUUGUGGAACAACCCUAUGCAGCUCCGUUGCCUGCAGCACCGUUAGUUUCGGUGGUAGAGUCGGCACCAGUACCACCGCCAACAUACGUGGCACCGGUGCCUCCGGUAGCAGUCGUGGAGCCGCCACCAGCACCAGUGCCAGUACUCCCAGCUCCACCUCUAACGCCUUCGUAUGUAGCAUCAGUACUUCCAACACCAACGUAUGCUGCACCACCUCCACCUCCUGCGGUAGUAGCACCUCCACCACCUGCACCGCCCCCACCUCCCGUGAUAGUGGCACCCCCACUACCUGCAUCGUCCCCACCUCCCGUGGUAGUGGCACCAACACCAGCUGCACCACCUCCACCUCCCGUGGUAGUGACACCUCCACUACCUGAGGUGCCCCCACCUCCAGCAUACGUGGCACCUCCACCUCCCGUGGUAGCGGCACCUCCACCUCCCGUGGUAGCGGCACCUCCACCGCCUGCGCCGCCCCCACCUCCACCACCACCGCCACCUCCUACAUCCUUGGUAGUCACGAAGAAGAUUCACCAUCAUCAGCCUCACACAGAAGUACGCAAUGUUGCACGACAUUUUGCCAGAGAAAGCGGUCACACAUCUGCAACGGCGAUGGUCAUUUCGUCACAAGAAGAUGUCGAAGAUGUACCCAUAGAAAUAUCGGUGUCACCUCCACCUCCGCCAGCAGCAGUCGUCCCUCCACCAUCACAUGGCUUUGCUGCUCCUCAUCUAAUAUCAUAUGUGGCCCCAACAAUUCCUGCACCAGCAUCUGCCCCUGCUCCCGUUUCAGUUUCUGCCCCAGUUCCAGCCGUGGCUCCCGCUCCAGAUCUAUUGGCUACGCCAUUACAUUACUAUCUUCCAAGAGAGCUCCGUAACUUUGCCAGCUAUCGCAGAGAAAGUGGGCUUGCUUCCUCCUCAUCGCUUGGUGGACUUCAUCAUCGAGCUAUUCCCCCCAUCGAUUAUUUUGGAGGAUGGAAUUCUCUUCCAUUUGACGCCAUUGGUGGGUUGAACAUCCCGAGCUUUGAAAAAGCACGAGCUCUUCUCCGAAGAAUUAACGAUAUGGAAGCAGCUCAAGCGCGCAGAGCGAUAGAAAAAAGGAACUACGACAGCUAG